UUGAAAGCAAGAGAGUAGAAAACAAUUCACAAUGGCAUCUGAGAUCAGCGAGGGUGCCAGAUCUGGAUCCACCAUCGCUGAAGCGAACGGGGAGAAGUCUCAGUCUCCAUCUCCGGCUCCGAUGGAGACAGCAGAGAGUCGGAAGAUCGCUCUGAUAACGGGAAUAACAGGACAGGACGGGUCGUACCUUACGGAGUUCUUGUUGGAAAAGGGUUACGAGGUGCACGGGCUGAUCCGGAGGUCUUCCAACUUCAACACGCAGCGGAUCAACCACAUCUACAUCGACCCUCACAACUCCCAGAAGGCACGCAUGAAACUCCAUUACGCCGAUCUCACUGACGCCUCCUCCCUCCGCCGCUGGCUCGAUAUUAUACUCCCCGACGAGGUCUACAAUCUCGCUGCCCAGUCCCACGUCGCCGUUUCCUUUGAGAUCCCUGACUACACCGCCGACGUCGUCGCUACUGGUGCUCUCCGCCUCCUCGAGGCCGUACGUUCCCAUAUCGCCGCCACCGGCCGAUCUCACAUCCGAUAUUACCAGGCCGGUUCCUCUGAGAUGUACGGCUCUAGCCCUCCUCCACAGUCUGAAUCAUCCCCUUUCCACCCGCGUUCCCCCUACGCCGUCUCCAAGUGCGCCGCCCAUUGGUACACCGUCAACUACCGCGAGGCGUACGGCAUCUUCGCCUGCAAUGGGAUCCUCUUCAACCACGAAUCCCCUCGUCGCGGAGAGAAUUUUGUCACCCGCAAGAUCACCCGUGCCGUCGGUCGGAUCAAGGUCGGUCUUCAGAACAAACUUUUCCUAGGCAAUCUGCAGGCUUCGAGGGACUGGGGUUUUGCUGGGGAUUACGUAGAGGCCAUGUGGAUGAUACUUCAGCAGGACAAACCAGAUGAUUAUGUGGUCGCUACCGAAGAGUCUCACUCCGUUGAGGAAUUCUUGGGGGUUGCAUUUGGGUAUGUCGGCUUGAAUUGGAGAGAUCAUGUGGUCAUCGAUAAACGAUAUUUCAGGCCCGCUGAGGUCGAUAACUUGAAGGGGGAUUCGAGUAAGGCGAGGAAGGAACUUGGAUGGAAACCCAAGGUUGGAUUUGAGAAAUUGGUGAAGAUGAUGGUUGAUGAGGAUAUUGAGUUGGCCAAGAGGGAGAAAGUACUUGUCGAUGCUGGUUAUAUGGAUGCACAGCAACAGCCAUAAUUGGAUCUGAUGAGAUUUGAUUUCCUUGUGUGUUUCAUUUUGUUCUUUAUCAUUUCUUCUUUAGAGGUUAUUUUAGAAUGAUAUCAGAAAUUCGUAAUUAGGGAAA